AAGAUGCUGAAACAGUUUGGUCAUGGUUACAAUCCAGCUGGCAUGAGUGGUAUUAAAGAGGGUGAAUGUGCUGUCCUCUGUCUGGCUUGCCCACAACCUGGCAAAAACCUGCCCUUAGACUGGAAAGAAGUGUUAAUCAGGCUUAGAUGGCUAUAUUUAUUAUUUAUAGCUAUUGAUGUCAAUUUUCGCUUGAAAAGGCAGGCUAUUUUUACUGAUGAAGUAGACCCAAGCUUCUCAAUGGGAUGA